AAUUAUAGUAGUAUCAGAUUAUUAGUAUCAACAGUAUCAAUGUCAUCCAAGACACAGGAAGUGCUUCAGUCCUUCCUCUGAUCUGAUUGGCUCUAGCCGCUAUCUUUCAACCUGUUUUCUAGCUUAUCAUUGACGACCACUCUCAGCAGCGGUACCGCCUCCUGUCGGCGCAAUAUCGCCAGAAAAUAGCGGACCAUCCUAAUUCUGCGCUUAGAUUCAUCGUCCUUGUCCUGUGUGUGUGUUUAGGAGCAGCGUGUGUGAGCGUCCUGGUCGCCUCCAUCAUGCUCUGGAUGUGGAUUUAAGCGGCAGGCUGCAUAUUUGAAGCGGACAAAGUGAAAUGCAUCCCCGGAGCGCUGAACCUGCUCCAUCGCGCACACAAAGCCUGUGAAGCAGGCCGUGUUUUUCCUCCCGCUGAGCCGCCGCGCUGAUGAUGCUCAAACAUGUCGGGGAAUCAUUUCAAAGGCCACGAAGUCAGCUGCUGCAUCAAGUACUUUAUUUUUGGAUUCAACAUCCUGUUUUGGCUGCUGGGCAUGGCCUUAGUUGGAAUUGGACUGUGGGCAUGGAGUGAGAAAGGCGUUCUGUCCAACAUCUCGUCCAUCACAGACCUGGGGGGUCUAGACCCGGUCUGGCUCUUCAUGGUGGUCGGGGGGGUCAUGUUCAUUCUGGGCUUCGCCGGAUGCAUCGGAGCGUUGCGGGAAAACACCUUUUUGCUUAAGUUUUUCUCUGUGUUCCUGGGAAUCAUCUUUUUCUUGGAGUUGACGACAGGAGUCCUGGCAUUUGUCUUUAAAGACUGGAUUAAAGACCAGUUGAACCUGUUCAUCAACAAUAACAUCCGGGCGUACCGGGACGACAUCGAUCUACAGAACCUCAUCGAUUUCACUCAGGAAUAUUGGGAGUGCUGUGGUGCUUUCGGAGCAGAUGAUUGGAACCUCAACAUCUACUUUAACUGUACUGAUGGGAAUCCUAGUCGAGAAAAGUGUGGAGUCCCUUUCUCCUGCUGCACCAAGGACCCAGCGGAGGAUGUAAUAAACACUCAGUGUGGAUACGACAUCCGAGCUAAACCAGACUCAGAGCAGAAGGACUACAUCAAUGUAAAAGGCUGCGUGCCGCAGUUUGAGAAGUGGCUACAGGACAACCUCACCUUGGUGGCGGGGAUAUUCAUAGGAGUUGCACUACUGCAGAUUUUUGGGAUUUGUUUGGCCCAAAACUUAGUGAGUGACAUCGAAGCUGUGCGGGCGAGCUGGGUGCCCCCCCCUCUCUCCAUGCGUCGACUCCCACCACACUCCAGCAAGAAAGCAUCGGCUUACUACUCAUGAGACACACACACAUGCUGUAUGUGUGUUUGUAGCCGUUUCUUUACCUAAUGCUGAAGCAGCAUUUGGAUUCUAACAGCUCCAGGACUUUGAACACGCCUCCACGAACAUGUCAAGGAGCACCUGCACCAUUUUGUUCACUGAACCAGCACCUUUUUUCAAGGCACUAAUAUGUGAAAAGCUCUGUAUAUAACACUGUGUGUGACUACUGUAAAAAUCGUCGGAGAAGAUGUUUAAACAUGCACUACAUGCAGAUCGUCACGAGCUCCAGUUUUGAUAGCUACACGUAGAGGAGUAGGAGUUUUGAUACAUCUUUUUGAUAUUAGAUCAGUAUUUUUCACUGUGGAAUUAAGGCUCCAUUGCUAAACCCAUCAUAUUAUGUAGGACUGUGAAAUAGUUGUAUACAAGAAACUGAGGAUGUGCUUGUUUUAAAGUUCAGCGCUUGCUUUUCCACCACUCAGUCACAAAACUUGCACUGGUUUUGUACUAAAGCAGGAUGUCUUUUUUUCUCAAAAUAAUAUUUUAGGAUGUUUGUGUAUUUCAGCAGAUUGCAGGACUUUUUCAUUUAAUUAACCACAAGAAUUGUUUCUGCUCACUGAACAUUCUGCUUUAUCAGCCAACUUAAAAAGAGAAGUCUCAUUGUUCCACUAACAAUGAAUUUUAAUUACCGUUGGGUGGAACAUAUACUCUUGACUGUCAAACAGCAGUGUGGAUAAGUGUGUGUACUGUUGUGAUGGAAGAGAUGAGCUAAAUAUUCUAACUCAUGCAGAGUAAAAGAGGAAAUGACUACAAAGGACUUUAACUAUUUAGCAUAAUGAGUUAUUACUCAGAUAAUGGACUAAAAGGGAUCACAGUUAAUUAAGUGAUGGAAUAUAUUAUUUCCUAUUAUUGACUGAGGAAAAAUUUCACUACUUCUAUGUAGCUCAACUGUGCUACAAAUUCUGAGCAACACAGUUGUAUGUUUACUGAUUUAAAUCAAACUUUUUAAAACAUAGGUUUGAAUGUUUUUAAGUAUAUCUUGAAUCUGCAAAACUCAUGAAAUAUACAUUGAAAGAGUUAUUGGUAGUUGUAAUUGUUUCUCCUGUCCAUACUGGCUGUAAUGUGAUACCUGUAUAGAGCAACUACACUGUAAAAAAAACAAAAAAAAAAACAGGGACAAGAUCUACAAACCCUCGAGCCAUUAUGAGGACAUAUCCGUAAAACUGUCUGAGAAAACCCAAAGAGGGAAUUUCAUACGAAAAAGACAGUAACAUUGUAAAAAUACUCUUGAUUUAACUUCGACAGAACUGAAGAGUGUAUUUUUGACCAGAAUAAGGAAUUGAUUUUGUUCCCUUUUUUUUUUUUUUUUUUUUAACACUGGAGUUGUGCUACAAAGGCAUCGCAAGGCCAGUAUGAACAUCAGGGACAUUUGUACAGAAUGUGAGUAUUGUAUUAAGAUAGACUUGGAAGAAAUCCAAACCAAUUGUUUAAAUAUAAAAUGGAUUGAAGGGAUGAAGAGAAACAUGAAUUAUUUGAUUUCUCAAAGUUAAAAAAGAUAGAUUAGUUUAUUAGUAAUGAAACUCUGACUUCAAAUUGGCAUUAUUAUUGAGCAAAAGUGAUACACAGUUCUAAUCACAUUGUCUGCCUCAUAAAGAGGUCAUUGUAAUUCUUAGUUACCAUGACAGUCCUGAAGGCUUGUAAAAUGAUUCCCUGAAUUCCCAUCUUUUUAAACAUUUUUAGAGAAAAAGUCUGGAUAAGUGUUAAAAAAAACAAACAAAAAAAAAACUGUUCAAGUCCUGAUAAACAACUACAAAAUUUAUCUAGCUGUACACCCAGUGUCAUUUCAUUUCAUGUUGUGGUUAUUGCCUUCACCAAGGAGGUUAUAUUUUAGCAGGAUAACUCAAAAACUUACCAGGUUUCAGUGACGUCUGGUGGAAAGUUAGAAUAUAGGCCAAGGAACAAGUCAUUUCGUUGGCAGGGAUCCAGUAAUUUUUAAGGAUUUCCUCAUAUUGUGAGAUCAGCAUUUUCAUACAUUUUCGCUGUUGUCUCUUAUUUGAAUGAAAAUAACCCUGGCACAUAUAUCCUGUGACUGUCUUUCACCAUGUGUAUUUUGAUGCAGAUCUGAUAGGUAUACACUGGAUUUCAAAACGGAAAGUGUUGGUUUUACUGUUUAUUUUGAAGGUUAAAGUGAUACCUGCUUAAAGCAUGAAUCACUCAAGUAUUUGCAGUAUAAGUAUUGUAGUCAGUCUGCUCAGAUUGAUACUGCGGAGCUCAGGUGGGACAUGUUUUGAAAAAAAUCUAUGUGUUUAGUGAUUUAAAAAUGGAUCAACACUGUUUUUGAUCAUUUAUACUUAUGAUUUGGUUCCCUGGUGCAUUGCAAAAACAUUCAGUACUGAAACUGCUGAAGCUGACUUGUCACUUUACACUCUACACUGUACAGUGAAUGUGCCAGGUUUUGGAAGUGCUCUGGUGAAGUAUUCUGCAGUCCUGCUGUAUAGGCCUCUCACUCAUCACUACCUGCAUCACUUCCAUGGAUUGUUUAAAUCACAGUAUGUCCCACAAACAUUGUAAUGUAACUACCUCCUCUCAUUUUCUUGUCUCCUGUCCUGUUAAAAAUUGACUGGUUUUAAUAUCAAGUAAAAUUAACUAAUAAAGGUGACAAAAACAUUGAA